AUGCAUACUGUUGUCGAUCUAAUGGCGGAGAGAAAGGACGAGGACGUUCGAAAAAGGAACAAGGAAAUUCCUUCCUGGGCUCCUGGAGGCGCAGAUUAUGAUCCAAACCUUCCUUAUGGGCCUAAAGUUUAUGUAGCAAGACGAAAAAAACCCGAUCCUUGGUGGGUCACAGCAAUCGAGGUACGAAUGAUCGAUGUUUCCUAUGGCAGAAGUUGUUGUGUUAAUCAGCGUUAUUUUAUUAUUUAGCCUUUGCCAUAGGAAUGACCUGUAUUCCCAUUUUCUAGCGUUUAAUAGUUGUGCCCCAUUAAUUUGGUCGGCCUCGUACACUGUUUGAUCGAAAAAUAUGCAUAGUGUGCGCGGUUGAAUCCCCCUUAAUUUUGUUUUGCAUGGAAAUGAGAAAGGGGUUCGGGCCCGGGGGUUCUGUUUUGCUAAUUUCCCCCCAACCCUAUUAUAAGAAGCUUGAUAUCCUUCUUGCCGAUUAAAGUCGAGCUUUGUAGCUUACAAAGAGUCUGUAGCUUGUGAUUAUUUUCAUAUUUUGUCCUUUUCAUUCAGGUUUCUGUCGUUGUUGGUGUUCUGUUGUUCUUCGUCUACAUGUAUUUUUACAUGGAUCAUCUUCACUUUCACGUCUUAAAUGCGUACGCCAACGUUGGGGUGUCUCAUGCACAGCAUCAUGUUGCUCAUAAAUACCUCAAUGGUAAGAUAAUUUAUGUGAAUAAUAAGAACUUUGCUUACGUUCUUAGAACCAUUUCGAAUAUUUUGCCAGUUGAAAUAUUAUCAGAUUUUUAUUUAACAUUAUAAGCAAAUGCCCGGGUUUACUUAAAACCCGGUAUCCGGAAACCUCAUGCCGAACGCCGAAUAGUGAUUAGGGUCAGGAAACUGCGUGUAUCAGUUUCCAUGUAGGGUCAUUAUGCUGUGAAAAUAGACCUGAAACUUGAUUCACUCAGUUUCCUAACAUUCGGCAGACUUGCCAAGUCUAACAACUUUGUUGUGGGUCUUAAGGUUUUCACCCGCGGCGGGCACUUGGGUAUUUUUUGGGUGGGUAUGUGCUGCCCGGAACUCCAAAUUGGCACCCCAUUCUAAAAUAAAUUUCCCCUAAAGAAUUUGGCCAAUUUUUUAUACCCCGUUCUAGAAUUCGCCCUAAAACUGAUACCCUGUUCUAGAAAUAGGCCAAUUUUUUAUACUCCGUUCUAGAAAGUUUGUAAAUUGAAAUAGCCCUCUUUUUUUUAAAAGGAUAUUUCUUUAUUUGUUCGACUUAUACAUCAAAUAAAUGCUUCUUCAUAAUCAUCUGGAGUACAUUUCCUGUGCAUGUGGAUACAAUGCGGUUAAUUAUGACGCAAAAUCUCUCACCAUGCACAGAACCACCCUCGUAAGCUAACGAUUUUCCUUCUCCUUCCCUGUCUCUUUCUUUUGAGCCCGUCUCCAUCUCCCUCGGGUACAUUAUGGACUCGUUCCAAACUUCCACACACCUAUUUAUCCAAGAUGGCGGAGUCAGCGCUCGCGGCUCGGGCCAAAAUACACCCACCCUGCACGCUACAACACAGGGUGCAACAAGAGUACAACAGUUUGCUUGUUAACGCAUUGAACCGUAUUUUUAAAAGCAAUCUUUCCUUGAAUAAUUUUAAAUGGCUGCUUACAAAACUGGUGCUUUCGUGCAUUUGAAACAUUAUACCCCGUUCUAGAAAACACCUGUGAAAUGGGUACCCCGUUCUAAAUCAGGAGCUUCAAAAUCACGACCCCGUUGGGCGGCACAUACCCUUAUAGGUAAUGUAUGGGGGUACCCCCCCAGGGGUUUUCACGACCUAUCUCACACUCUCAGGAGUUGGCAACUGAUUUCUCACACUUUCUCGAAAAGUCAAACUCCAAAAAAAUUUUGGAGUGGUAGGGUUCGUUUUGAUCGAUAGCUAACUCAAUCCAAAUAAAACAUUUAGUGGUCACUCUUGAUUACAUUCUUUUAGCCUACCGCGACUUGCCGCUGCCACCAAAUGCACAGACUUACUGUUUCUCAUGUUUCAAGAUGGCCACCAACAAAACAUAGAAAUUAAAAAACCUAAAUUGUGAAAUUGAUUGUGAUAUUUAAUUACCACUCCAGUUUUAAAGUGAUAUGUGGGGUCUAUUUAGUCGCCAGUUGGCGCCCAUAAAGAAAAGUUAAUUUUGGACCCUGAUAUGUAACUUCCAAUACCCAUAAUCCCCCCUGGAAGUCCUUCCACUUGGAAAUUUGGGACAUCUAAUAACUCUUUACCCAUUUCUCACUACUUUUUCCAGCUCUAGGUUUAGAAUCUCACAUUUUUUGCCUUUUGGGGGUUGGCAAGUCUGCUUCAGAGUCAUUUGGCGUUCGGGGUGCGGUUUCCAGAUUCCAGGUUUGAGGCAAACCCCAAAUGCCCAUAUAAGGUUUGAGCUGUUACCUGAAAAGAACCAGGGGAAUGUUAGGAUGGAGUCAGAUUCAUAGGGUGUGUUCCUUUUGGUGAAUGUGAAAAUGGAUUUAAGAUCUAAAAAUGGAUUUUGUGUUCCUUUCUGAUCUGGUGGAUCCUUUUUCAAAAAGGAUUCGUUGGAUUUGAAAUCUGAAAAUUAAUCCAAAUCCAGAUUAACAGAUUAGUGAUCUAUGCUGUUCCAUUCACAAUGGACUCAAAAUUAAUCAGUUGAUCCACUAUACCCAUAGAGUUUCCUUGUUGCUGUAAAACAUCUGAAAACACUGGAAGAUUGUUCCUGGUAUCAGUAAAAUAUCCAUUAAUAACUAUCCAUUUGUUGUUAAAACAUAUACAUGUAAAAAUGAUGUAAAAGGGAAAUGAACUGCACUGAAUCUUUCUACAAACUCAUUUGUAGAUGUGAUAGUUUCUCAGUCGUGUUACAUAAAAAAAUCCUAGCUACGAAACUGAGCCAGCAACCUUUACAUAUUCUUGAAGAAAUUCAUCAGGCUAGUGAAGUUAAUAUCGAUUUAAAUGUUCUCAAAACAUAGCCAGUCUUAAUGUCUUAAUGAUGCUGACAGUUUAUGUAUUAGAUCGAACACUCCUACUAUGAACAGGGACGAGGGAGCCUAUCAGCUUUCUCCCAUACGGACACAAGUAAUCUCCACCCCCAAACCAGGGGGGGAGGGGGCAUCUGCAGAGUGACUUUGCGCAUUUAUCGUAAUAAUUAACACCUUCAGAAGCCUAUUGAAGGCUUCUGACACUUCUAAUGUUUUCCAAGUUUUGAUAAAGAUGGCUGACAGUUAUCGAAACUGUCAGCAUCAUUAAGACGUUAAGACUGGCUAUGUUUUGAGAACAUUUAAAUUGAACCUUUACAUAAUUUUCAACUUUAACUUGCUUCUUUCUUGAUCUCUUUAUGUUCCUCUACAUCGCUGGUAUUUGAGUUGCUGACUACAAAAUUUUGCAUGGUAUAAUAUUUGUCAAACAGUGGAAAACACAUCAUUUCUUAAGAGCAGGCUGUCACAUUGAGCGCUUUUGCAAAUGUUUACCAACGUUACAGAUCUAAUUUUGGAUUUCAGUGUGAAAUCGGGCAAAUCUAGGAUCAAAAAUCUAUUUUUGGAUUUCCCGAAAGGUCAACAUACCCAUAUUGUAUAUUAAGAAGGUGAAGAGAAAAAAAUAUUUAUUUCUUGGUGGCCUCAUUUCAGGACACGGAGUUGCAAAAGAUGAAAAAAUGGCAUUUUAUUGGUUCAGGUUAGAUGAGUUUUUUUCUUGUGUGUGUUGUAGUUUAAUGUUAUUCUUUGCUCGAAUUGUAUUUUCCUUUGUUUUUGGUUAUUGCUAUGUUUAUAAAAUGAGUGUAAAACACAGGAAAACAAAAUUGAACCGGGAAUGAAUUAAUUGAACCACAAUGUGUAAAACCAAAAUGUUAUAUCUGAUGAAAAAUCCUGUCUAGGUUAUGCUAGUCAACUAAAGCAUUUAUGUUAUUCUUGAGAUCUCAGUACUUAUGGUUUUAUAAGAGUUAUGUAUUUAAUUUCAGGGAGGCAACCAAAAAUGGCCAUGGACAUGGGGCAUAUAAUCUUGUUGCUGGACAUUUACAGGGUUAUAACACGGAUGUCGAAGAACAGUAAGAUUCUUUUUUGUUAAAAAAAUGAAGCAGUGACUUGGGAAAGCCAGCUAGAUAUGCUGGUGUAAAAUUUAUUUCCUUUGAAUUGGAGGAUUUGACAAAUGAUUACAUGCAUCCUUUGAAUUAUCUGUAGAAUGUGUUUGUUGCAUUUUAUUGGUAGCAUGUCAAGUAGACUAUAAAAUAAUAAAAACAUUGGCUGACAUUUGCAGUCCCCUGGUUACCUUUUUCAUCUUCUCUGUCAGGUCCUUGACUGUAAUCAGAACUGCUAUAAAUAAUGUAUCCAUUAGUGAAAACUUCUUACAAUAAAAUUACCCUCACGGACUUAUUUAUUAAUUUGUAAGGUAAAAUUUUGUUCAUGCUACGCAAGUUCUGAUUGUAUUUGAUUUAUUCCAGUUAUUUCGGUGGUUAUUGUAUAAUGUUGAAACAUUAUUAAUAUCUUUUUAUAAAACUUCAGUGAAGUUGAACCACUUCUUAAAAUGGCGGCUGAUAAAGGUGUAGAAGAAGCCAAGAGAGCUCUUAGGGACUUGUACCCACACAAAUACCAGUAA